UUUAUUAAUAUUUAAUGGUCUCCCACCGUGACUGCCUGGAGACCAGUGGCACACAUCACCCUGCUGGUCAUAGCUGCCUGCAGAGAAUUUAACUUGUGCCUCACAGAAGCUUGAUGUUACAAACUUGGUCACUCCUGUUGAGUAGCAGUGUAGAGCUAAGCUCAACAAAAUCCAGACACUCUUCAUGUUUUGUUCCACAGUGUUGUAGAACUCAAAGAAACUAUUGAAGACCCAGUUCUUCGGAGAGCAUCUCCUACCCUGUGCUUCCCUCUAUGCCUCACUUCUGACAGAACCUGACCUGUAGUUUUCCUGCUCAGUAACCUGUUAGCUUAAAUAUUGCCUAUACUGUUACAUCCCAAUUAGUAAGUUUGUUUGGAUAAGUGUUUACCAAAUGCAUAAACAAACUUGUUUUUUCAUUGUUUUCCUUCUUGUUUCAGUUUUAUAAGAUGCAGUAUUUUUUUUUAUCAGAAAUGAUCAUUGUGUCUCUCUUUAGAUUGAACAGGGGUUGGUUGUAUACGUGUGCUUCUUUCAAGGAGCUACAGAGGAGGUCACACUUGAGAUGGCCAACAAGUUCAUGUCCACUAAAGUUUUUCGAAAAGACAGACACACUGUGUCAGUUCUCGACCUUCCUGGGAGUAUUUUAUUGGUUCCCCAAGACUCCCUGGUUGGUGAGCCACUGGCCAAUAGAAGAAUGCAGUACAAAGACAGAUGUGAGCCUUGGCUGGGGGCUCAGCUUUUCUCAAGCCUAGUUGGAGCCUGCAGACAGCUCAUGUCAGAAUCAGCCAAGUGCACAAAGGAGGGCAUGAAGGUGGAGCAUGGAGUCUAUGGGCAGAAACAAGAGAUCAGCAUCAGAUCUCUGGAGCCGCUUUCGUUGCUCCUGGAGUUCUGAGGCUCACCUGGAACACGAGACCUUCCUAUUACUUCAAUCCUAAUCUCAAGAAAAUGUCUUAGGGAGGCUUUUCAUGAAGCCUACAGUCAAAACAAUAUAACUUGCUAAGCACUACAGAGGACUUGCAUAAGAACAUUAUUAGAUUGCAUAUCAAAUGCGAUCCUAUCUUUAAAGUUUCUGUCCUUGUAGUGUUCUGUUAUGUUUGGUUAAGCUGCACCAUAUAAAGGCUGUGUUCAUUGUAAAAAUUAUAGUUGCUCUCAAUUUUCUGGCAUGUCCAAUGUCUACCUCAUUGUUUUUCCACAUGGAUCAACAUGAAAAAGGUUUUCAGAGGUUUAAAAUAUGGUGAGAAGUUCCUAACAUCAAAUGGGUUAGAGAUUGUUUGAGCUGAGAGAAAUCCUAAGGAUAAAUGUAUAUUGUUUUUCAUGCUCAUGCUCAUAUUUAGAGAAAAUCACAAUGUUCAAAAUUUGUUGUAAAAAUUAAAAUGCAUUCUGAAUUUAUAGUUAUUUACACCUACAAAAACACAAAUACAUGACCCAUGUUGCUUUUAUUAACUAACUUGAAAUAAAAUCCAUUCUCGAUUAAUGAAACUGCUGGUAUUGACACCAGGAAUGGCUGAGUGUAGUCUUAUUAAAUAUCUGAAUGAGAAUAGAGUGGAAUAAAAAUGUGAAAAUAAAUGUAAUUUUACUCC